UUUACGAAAUUCGUUCAGAACACUGAAAGUCCCAAACCCUAGCUAAGGCGGCUUUCUGUGCUUUUACCUCUGCAACGAUGCAGAUCUUCGUGAAAACCCUAACAGGGAAGACCAUAACCUUAGAGGUUGAGUCGUCGGAUACCAUCGACAAUGUGAAGGCCAAGAUUCAGGACAAGGAAGGAAUCCCACCGGACCAGCAGAGGCUCAUCUUCGCCGGGAAACAGCUCGAGGACGGCCGUACUCUCGCCGACUACAAUAUCCAGAAGGAAUCGACCCUCCACCUGGUGCUUCGGCUGAGGGGAGGAGCCAAGAAGAGGAAGAAGAAGACCUACACCAAGCCAAAGAAGAUCAAGCACAAGAAGAAGAAGGUCAAGCUCGCCGUCCUCCAGUUCUACAAGGUGGAUGAUUCUGGCAAAGUUCAGAGGCUGAGGAAGGAGUGCCCUAACGCCGAGUGUGGUGCGGGGACUUUCAUGGCAAACCACUUUGACCGCCAUUACUGCGGCAAGUGUGGCUUGACUUAUGUUUAUCAGAAGGCUGGCGGUGAUUAGGUUUUUAUUUUUCUUUUUAUUUUAUAUUUCAAAAAAAAAAUGAUCGAAUUUUGGUAAUUUUUGGUUAAGUUUGUCGUUGUCUUUCAGUUUUAAUAUGUUAAACAGAUCUGAACUGAUUCUUAGUUGUUUUGGAUGCUUAAACCCAGAUAUUAUCUUUUUCUA